GUUCGGAACAUUAGACGAUCGAGAGAAUCGCAACGCGUGGGUUGAAGAGGGCGAGUGCAGUGUGCAGUGCGUGCGGAUCGUGUGUCGCUGAAAGCUCGCCGCGAAGCCUCCGCGAGUGGCGGGAGCGCGCGAGGACCCGCCUCGCGUCAGUGCCGGCCCGGCCGCGCCGCAAGCAUCACGCUCCAACAAUACCACCGACUGUUGAUUAGCUUCUGCUCUCUCUCCUUAGUGACAAUAUACACUGUAAAGACUGCCUGAGCGAUAUCCUGCCGCUUUCCAACGGAACGCGUAUUUAUUUUCAUUUCAUCGAGAGACGGGCGGGGGCAGAUGGACAGGCGCGCGGCGGGGGCGCUGCUGGCGCUGGCCGCGUGCAUCGCGAGCUCGGCUGCGGCUCCCACAGCUAACAAUCAGACAGGAUUAGAUUUAUAUGAUGCCGCAUCGGAGGGUUGUUACUACAACUUCCAGCAUUAUGGCGAAGGAGACCGUAUCAUGACUAACGAGCCGUGCCUCAACUGUACCUGUCACAAUCGGAUGCUGAUGUGCUACCUCCGGGUGUGCCCAUUCACCAAGCCCAUCGGCCAGGACUGCACCGUCGAGAAGCGAGCGGACCAAUGUUGCCCCAUCGUUACUUGCCCUGAUGUUCCAGUUGACCUACUCACAUCAACGUCAACUUCGUCGCCAGCUGAAUAUGGAGCAACUGGUCUCGGCAAGCUGGACAAAUACGGCUGCAGUAUAAACGGAAAAUACUUCCCUGAAGGCUCGAAGGUGCCUCCGACUCCGAACAAACCAUGCGAACAUUGUUAUUGCAUUCGAAAUAUGACGACUUGUGUAAUGCAAGAGUGUACUUUACACGUUGAUGGAUGUACUCCUAUUUACCAUAAGGAUGUCUGUUGUCCAGUUCGAUACUCAUGCGAUCAUCCUGAAGAUGAAAUGCCACUAUUAGACGAUAUGUCUACAACAGUUCGACCAACACCUGGAUUCUUAUUGACAACUACAACUUUGUCACCAGUGACACAAAUGACACAAGAUUGCGUUCACAAUGAUCAAAUAUUCCCUGAUGGAACAUCAAUAAAGACUGAAAAAGCUUGUGAACAUUGUUAUUGUAUGAAAGGUGAUAUUGUGUGUGUAGUUCAAGAAUGUGGUACUCCUAUGGAAAAUGAAGGCAAAAAUUGUACUUCUCAACCACCUCGUGAUGGCCAAUGCUGCCCCGAUACUUAUAUUUGUGAAGGUGAUGAGGUAACUACCGAAUCAUUGCUCGAUUUUACAACUGAACCAUCAGUUGAAAAAUCGACAAGAAAAGUAUUUGAUGAAGGCAGUGGAUAUAGAAAAGAAGAAGAACUUGAACCUGCAACUGAAUUACCUCCUAUUGAGUCCGAAGUUGAAGGAAGUGGAGAGGACUAUUCUACUUCACAAUCUUUUGAAGAGACAGAAAGACAAACCCCUAGUCUAAUUGAUGAAAUUAUUUCAAACACCGAAGGAAUUGUUCACACAGAGACAACUCCUGAAUCGGUUGUUAGAAUCGACGAUACUACUUUCGAGCCUGAUAGAGAAUUUAAUACUAUUCCUACUGAUGUCACAGAGUCAUCGGAGACACCAGUGGCAAAAUUAACAACAGUUUCUGAAGAAUCACAUACAAGCCAUGAAAUGGAACAAACUUACGUUGAUAAUAAAUACACCACUCUACCAGCUAAAGAAAAAGAAGAAGUGUCUGUACAUACAACAGAAUCAGCAUUCAGGAAAGAAGAUGAGUCUCAUGAACCACAUGAUGUCAUUACAGAAAAAAUGCCUGAAGAAAUUACCAAUGAACCUUAUUAUACUAUUACUGAAAAGGUACCCAAAGAAAGCACACCUUUGUUUGAAUCUACCAGAGUUACUAAAGAGGAUUUGUUACAAGAACAGGUAACAGGAGAACAAGAGCCAAUGUCUACUAUAAGUGAAACUAAAUUCACUACUCCAAUUAUGAUGGAUAUUACUCAAACCGAAAUAGUAACGGAAAUUUCAACUUCUGCAAGCGAUAAAUCUGAUAAAGAAUCUGGUACUUCAUUUGAUCAUACUGAAAAAGAAUCAGUGACUACUUCAAUGCUUGAUAAAUUUGAAACAACAACAUUAAAUGCACAAGAAAAUGAAAUUGAAGAUAUUUCAACAGCUCAAGGUCCGGGAAGAAUACCAGGCGAAGGAGAUUGCUUACAAAAUGGUAUAACGUAUAAUAAUGAAAGCACUGUACCAAGCGUUAAUAACUGUCAAACUGAUUGCAAAUGUAUAAGUAGUAUUAUCAAAUGUGAUCCCAUAAUCUGCAGUCCGCCACCAGAAUAUAUGAACAAUUGUGUUCCCACGUAUGAUUCAUUAGAAUCUUGUUGUCCUACAUAUGUGUGUGAUGGCUCUAAGGAAACAAUACCUCCUCAACCUCAUAGCCAAAUGUCAGAAACAACAAGUUCCACGCCUGCGUCAGCGAUUGAAUGUCAAGAUGAUCAAUGUGAAGUGCAACAAGUUGAUAAAUUACCCAUGCCUUCCGAUAAUUGUAAUAGUGAAGAUUGUAUGCCUAAGCCUAGUGAUAUUCCGGAAUCUAAUGGCUGUGGAGGAGAAGGUUGUAAUGGUAUUGUACAAACCCCUGUACAGAUUGAUGUCAAACCAGAGUGUAGUUCCGAAGAAUGUAAUGGGGCUAUUCAACCAGUACCACACGAAAUAUCAUCUGUUCCUCCCAAGGGUUGUUCUGAUAGUGAAUGCCAAUCGCAACCGAUUGAUAGAGAUAGUGCGUUGCUACCUUGUGAUAAUGAUAAUUGUGUAAAACCUCCCAUUAAACCAUGUGAAAAUGAAGAAGAAUGUAAAACCGUUAAUAUUCCCGAUAUUGAAUCCUCGUGUAAGGAUGAAUCAUGUGGAACUGAACCAACUGAUUGCAAAGAUGGAAACUGUAAGAUUCCUACCGCGAUUAUCCCAGUGAUACCUUCCUGUGAGGGCGAUCAUUGUAGUAGUAAAGAUGUACAAUCAUCGGGAUGUUUAGAUGAAGAAUGCAAAAAGACUAAUAUUCCAGAUAUUUCAGGACAGUUGCCUUCUGAAUGUAAUGGAUCAGAUUGUAUAUCCCAACCAGAAAGUACUGUUAUACCUACUGCUGAGAGUAUUAUAACAACACAUGAUAAAUCAACAGAAAUAUUUUCGAUAACUACAGAUAAUUUGCAGCCAGAUGUAACUAAAUCGCCAGAAUAUGAUAAUAAGGAAUAUACACAAACAUCAGUGCCAGCUGAAGAAGCCAUCACAGAUAAGGACACCAUUGUAAUACCUACUGACAUACCACAAGCAGGUUCAGAAAAACCACUUCAUGAUAGUGAUGAACAUUUAGAAAUAACUGAUAGACCUUUCACCAAUUUGCCUGUAGAAACCACGGAAUAUGAACAAGUAGCAGACACCACGCCUGUUUCCGAUUUGAUUAAACAAACAGUGAGCAGACAUGAGUCUGACAUUGAAUCCAUGCCUACUUUGUUACCAGAAGUUAUUCCUGAAACUACAGAGGUAACUGAAAACAUUGAGCAAAAUGAAGCAGCAACAGAAACAUCAAAAUUACCAGAUGAACAGUCCGUUUAUGAAGAUACAACGACACCAGGGAAACAAACAGAAAACUUGCCUGAAAUUCAGGAAACCAUUAAAUCAACUACUAUAUCACCUCACUUAAAGCCAGAAAAAGAAACGACUGAAUCUACAACGCAUGAGACUUUAGUUCAGUCAGAUACGGAAGGUUUACCUGAAAGUACUAUCAAACCAGAACUAGAGGUAACAUCAAAAGUGGAACAACAUGAAUACACCAAAGAGCCAGAAGAAGAAGCGACAGAAAUUAUUAGUAAACCUACAAAAGAAAGUCAAACAGAAAUUUCUCAAACAGAAUCUCCCACAGAUGUUGAAAAAACGACACACACUCCUGUAGAAGCUUCCAUAAUGGAUCAAGAGAUUACAACUUCAUCGCUACAAAUUAUCGAAAAGAAUACAGAAGAGACACGCUUAGGUACGUCAGCAACACCAGAUCUUUAUACUUCUCCAAGUAGUGCUACGGAAGUUUCUACAGAUAAACACGAUGAACAGACAACCAUUUCCGGUAUACAUCAGCAAGAACCAACGUUACAAACAACGUCUCCAGAGACACAAGAUGAUAAUAUGGAACCACAUAAACAAGACGGAAUAACAUCACCAGAUAUAGACUCAACAACAAACCCGUCAUUCAUUUCAUUAGAAACAGAUGUGUCUGUAACGGAAAAGCCUCUGAAUAAAGAAGAUAAAAUACCUAACCUGACGUUCGAAGAAACCUACACAGAACAAGUUGAGAUUAAUACAGAAGAACCAUCUCUCAUAACACAGCAAGAAGAUCUGCUUCCACAAGAACCUAUUGAACCAGAAACUCCCGAAUAUAUACCAGUGCAUCCAACAGUAGAUGACAAAUCAGAACCUGAUAUGGUUGAUAAAGAUACAACUGAAAGUCCUUAUAUUGUAGCAUCAACAGAGUCCCAGAUAAAAACAACAACAUCGACAUCAGAUAUAGAAGUUCAAACUGAUAAAUCAGUAAUAGAAUCAAUGGCACCAGGACAAGACGGAGAAGUAGUAACGUCAAAUGAUAUAAUUACUGAGCAAUAUGAUUCAAAUAAACCUACUGAGUCAUUUGUUGAAAUAUCAACAACCGAUAACAGGAAAUACAAUCAAGAUACUACUGAUAUCUUUGAACCAGCAACAAAAACUGAUGAAGUAACAAGUACUUAUCCUACUGAAGAAAAAUCAACAGUUUCUUUGGCAUCAUCCGAAUCAAGUACUAAACAACCAAUUGAAGAGCAAUUGUAUACAACAACGCGUACUGAAUUAUUCAGCACUGAUAACCAAGAUAUUACUUCAACGCAAAUGCCAGAAUCACAUAUUAAGGAGACCGGAACUGAAGAAAAUUUAACCACACUGGAACCAAACGCAGUAAAGUUGAAACCGGUUACGGCCGAAGAAUCGCAUACACAGUCUUCGGCUAUUCUAGAACCAAACCCAACGGAAGCUGAACCACCAUCAAUAUCUGUAGAAUUAGAAACUGACACUUACAAACUACCGGAACAUACUUCGGAACAUAUGAUCCAAUAUUCAGAAACUAUGCCAGAUAUGAUCGAGUUAGUUGAGCAUAAUGGCAUGUUAGAUGUUUCAACCGUUUCUUCUUCUACAAAUAAUCAAGAAACGACGAUUUCUGCAGACACUGAGAAACCAUAUCAUGACUUAACUACUAUAAACCUAGACACUAAAACAGAAUUUGAACGGACGACAACGUCACCUACAUUUGAUAUUGAAGAUAAAAUAAAAGAUGAAACAGUGACAAAACAGCCAGAUGUGGAAACCGAACAGGUAACGAUAUCAGAACACCCAUCAGACAACAAACCAGAAGAUGAGAGUACCACAUUGAAAUCAGAUUUGGACCAAACCAAGCCUGAAAACAAUUUAGUUCAGGAAACUUCCAGUGAACAAACUGAACCUGAAAAAGAUUAUUCUACAGAUCAGCCACAACUAUCAGAACUUGAUCAUCAAGCUUUGCCUUCAGAACCUGUUCAAACUGACAAACCUGAAAUUCAAGAAACUGAUGUUGAUCAAUUUACAACUAAACGAACAGAAGAAAUAGUAACAGAACCAAAGCUAGAUGUAAAAGUCGAAUUUAGCACUGAGGAACCGGAAACUAGUGACAUAGAAAUUCACUCAGAUAAACAACAUACCACAGAAAGGCCAGACAUAGACCAAAAACCAACGACUGAACAAGAAUCGUCAAGACCUGAAUCAGCUGAACCAAGCAUCGAUGAACAAACUGUAACAGACAAAACAACUGAAACUAAAGAACCAGAUGAACCUAUUAUUGAAAAUGAAGUCAAACCGGAUAAAGAGAUUGUGAAACCAACUGAUCAUAAAGAAAGCACGCCAGCAAAGGAACCUUUUACUGAGAAACCAGUCGUUCCAUUAACAGAGAGUGCUAAACCAGCUCAAGUAUAUACAACGGAAAGUCCUAUCAUUUUAGAAACAAUAAAAGAAACUGAGAUUGUAUCUUCUACUGAACAAGUAUCGCUACCAGAAAUAGUUACUAGUAGACCUGAAUCUUCUAUCACUGAAAAAGAAACUACAGAUCAAGAAUUUAUCACGAAAAAACCAGAAGCUGAUACUCAUUUAUCUUCUACAUUACCAUCAGAAUCAAUUUCUGAAAAUGAAUUCCAGCCAGAACAUUCCACUGAAAAAUCGGUAACAGACAUCGACAUGGAAUAUUCUACUAAGCAACCAGAGGCUUUAGAUGAUAAUAAGGAUACGGAACCUUCGGUAGUAAUUGACACUACAGAACCUGACAAAGAAAUAUUCAAACCAUUCCCUGAAAAAGAAUAUACUACAGAAAAACCAGAAACUGAUGUUAAUAUUAAAGAAUCUCCGGAAGACACACCUGAACCUUCAGAUGUUGAAAAUGAAAUAACAGAUGAAACUACAACACUAGUAUCUAAACCAGAAAAAGAACACAAAUUUACAACUGAAACACCUAUAACUAAACAACCGGUUCCAAGCAGUGAUCAAGACAUUGAAUUGAAAUCGUCAACCGAAAGAAUAUCAACAACUGAUUCUGACCAUAUUGCUGAUGAAGAAGUUUCGAUACUUUCCACAUCGAAACCGGAUCAAGUAACAAACGAAUCGGAGGCAAGUCAACCUACUUUAUCACAUGUUACUGAAAUAACUAAAGGACCAGUAAGAGAAUCGACCACUGAGAUAGUCGCAGAAGCUACUACGAUUUCAUCAUUUGAUUCUAAAACAUCCCAACCUGCAAUCUCUGACGACCAGAAGGUACACGAAAUUGUAACCAAAGAACCCGAAGUUUCCGAAGUGUCAAUACCAGAACAUGAAACAGAACUAAACAAAGACUAUACUACAGAGAAAACAGAAAUACCGAGUGACGAGUAUGAAAUUACAACAGCUAAAUCUAAAGAAAAGGAGAAAGAAACAUCUACAACAAAACACGAUAUUGUAUCAGAAUCAGUAACAAAUGAACCUGAAAAGCCUGAAAUUGAAGUGGAAGACCAGGAAAUGACAUAUUCCAGUGAACAUCCUGUAAAUGACUUAGAAAUAGCCGCAGAAGCAACAACUCUACCUUCUAUAGAAGAAUUCACAAAUUAUAACGAAAAACAAACGUCCACAGUGAAAUCUGAUCACAAUGUUGAAAAAUUAACAACUAUUCCAGUCUUAUCAAGUACGCCGUCAUAUAUAGAGGAAGAAGAUCUUUCCAAUAAAUUAACAAAUGCUACACCAGAUAUUCAAGAUGAAAGAAAUGAACAAGAUGAACAUGUGACUAAAAAUACUACUCCUGGAUAUUCCUCUACGGAAACAAUAGUUUCUUUAUCUGAAUCAGAAAAACCGUCUCUUCCAGAUGAAGAAAUACCUGAUCAGAUUAAACCAGAAACGGAAAAACCAAUAGAAAUUUCUACCGAUACGACAGCUCCAGAAGAAGAAUUUCUAUCGGUUACAACAAAACCUUCGACGCCAAAGGUUCAAUUUGAAACAUCUACACAUUCAGUAGACUUGGAUAAAACUACAAAACCACAUGAUAUUCCUGAAGAAGUUUCUGUUGUUCCAUCAGAAGUUCCUAAACCUGGUUUCAACGAAGUACAACCGACUGAAGAAGAACCUGGACAUGAGGAUGAAAGUCAUUUCUCACCGAGUGCCACUGGAGGUUACGGCCAAGAACCCGACUACGAAGAUGAGAAUCAACCAUUCGGACCUGGCACUUGUCGAUAUGGAGGAAAAGUUUAUGUAUCGGCCCAACAAAUACCGAGAGAUGAUCCAUGUGACUUCUGUUUCUGCUUUAGAAGUGAUAUUAUUUGUCUACAACAAAGCUGUCCUCCUCCCAUACACGGCUGUCACGAAGAGCCAAUACAAGGAUUUUGCUGUCCGCGUUACGAGUGUCCCGUAUCGAUGGCCAGUACGCUCAACGUCACUACAACUACAACCACGACGACAACAACCUUGCCACCACACUUCCUCCCACAUGCUUAUCAAGGUGCAGUGCAAAGAAGAGGCUGUCAAAUAAAAGGCCACACAUACAAAGUAGGCGAAGUAGUGCGCGCAUCUUCUGGACCAUGUUUACAUUGCACAUGUGGAGGAGACGGUCAAAUGAAAUGCGAUCCUAAGGCGUGUACUCCGGAACCGAUGCUUAGACAAAUGAUAGCAGCCGCUGUGUCCGCCAAGCGGCGAAGGUGAAAUCUUCCAGCAGCUCUGCAGCUCUCGUCAUCACGCCAUCACGAGGAAGCGCCUGUGUGAUAACAUCCCUCUACUCUUCUAUGCACAAUUAUAAUGCUCAAAUCACGACGGAGUAGUUUAAGAUUUCGUGUCAUAUAAAUAGUAAUUGAUAUUAUUAUAACGUUCAUAAAGUGUCGUGGCACAACUCAAGUAUAAUGGAAAAAUCAUGACUGUGAUUAAAAUAUUAAAUUUUAAAUUUCUAAAACUGAAUUUUUAACAAUACAUUGAGUCUUUAUUAAGGCUAAUUUAUAAUUAUUUGUAUUUAUUAACAAAAGUCAGUGCCAAACGAUAGUGCUAAGUUGUAAACGACUAUGCCUUUAUGAUAAGAUAUUCGUGGUGGAUGUCUUUCUAAAUAUAUUGUAAUGACUAGCGAAGCUGUACAUUUGAAAGUAAUUCACAAGUGUGCAAACUUCAAGCUUCGUAGGUCUAUAGAUCGCCGAAAUCUUGACCAUUUUACAUGUAUACUUAUUUGUUUUACCGAUAUAUAAUUUUUAGUCAAUUUCUUUGUUUUUACACGAUGUUACAAUAAGCGAUCUAGUAUCGUGUAAAUAUGAAGUAACUUAAGGAACCCUGAUGUUGUAAAUGCCUUACUUAAUUUGUAAUAAUUUAUAUAUUUUAGGUGUAUAGUACUUAAGCCAUGUUUUGAGACCAGUGACUAUUAUAAUUUUAGAAGUAACAAAGACCCUUUGCGAUAACGAGAAAAGUGUUGGUCGAUGCGGUCCGCAUGGAGCCUCGGCCAACGCUUUUCCUACCUUUGAGUCUUACGGAAAACGACACGCAUGUCGUCUUGUUUUCUCUAAUUCUUAUAAGGCAUGAUAUUUACUAGCACUUAAUUAGUAAUAGUGGUCAAUAUUUUGAAUCGUUUGUAAAGACGUUUAUACAAUGUCAUAAAACGAUAGUAAACAUAUUGUAGGAUCUUUUGUAACUUUUGAUAUAAAGUGCUGGUAGACGUAUGUCGACAAAGCAGAGCGAGACGGGUACGGAGGCGCUCGCUGUUGCGGCCGCGCUAGCCUCGCCGCAUUCAUCCGUACCAAUCUCAAUCUGUCUAUACUCGUUGUAGUUAUUUUUUAUUUAUUUGAAGUCUAGCAAUAGUUAUAAAAUUAUUGAUUUUUAUUCGUGAUUGUAGUAAUAUUUUUUUCUGAUUCAAACAAGUCUCACUACGAAAUAAAUCAAAUUUGAUUUAAUUUGUUUAAUUAUAUUUUACCGAGUCUAGCUAUACUACGAGUAGCUAUCUGUGCAAAAUGAGUUUAAAUAAAAUAUUUCAAAUGAAUCAGGCA